AGCUGAGCUUCUGCCCCAAGUAUGCCUGAGCUGGGGCCCUUCCGUGACAAGCCGGGCGGCCAGAUUUGCUUCUGAUGAUUUCACAGCUAUUAUUACCCUAUGGAUUAGAAAAGACACCUGCUUUGUGGUAACACAACUAUCCAACAGGAUGACAAGACCUUUGAUACAGCCGCACUCCUCGCCGUUGCACGCAAAUGCCCUGGACUUACCCAUGCCCGACCUGCUGCUGGCACCAGAGCCUUUCUGGGUCACUGUGUGUACAGUGCCGAUUAUUGUGAGAUUCAGCAAUAAAGCCACCUACUGAGACCUUGCCUCUAACUCAUAUUUAGGGUGUGUGCCAGCCCUGAAACGCAGCUAAGCAGCGUAUUAUUCUUGGAGUUCCUAAAGGAUGGCGCACUCUGAGUUAGCAAGAUAUAAAAGGGCGAUCAGAGCAAGAAGCUGCCACCGUUCUUGCAGCUCCACUGGGAACACCUGGAGAGGAUCCCGCCAAUUUGUUAAUUAACAGACAAACUCCUUGUUUAUACAUAAGUUGCUCCUGUGAAUUGGUCUCCUGGCCCAAAUGACUCUGGGUCCUCUGAGCCCCACCUUCCGUGCUACUUCCUUUCUCAGAUCAUCCAGACCAAUGGGUGUGCUACGGCUUCUGGUGCUCUGCACCCUGGCUGCAUGCUGUGUGGCCCGCUCUCCCCCAGCUCCACCCCUGCCAAACGCCCCCUUCGCACCUCUGCGUCCCCUGGGCUGUAACGACUCUGAAGUGCUGGCAGUUGCAGGUUUUGCCCUGCAGAACAUCAACAGAGUCCAAAAGGAUGGCUACAUGUUGACCCUCAACAGAGUACACGAUGCUCGGGUUCACCGUCAGGAAGACAUGGGCUCUCUGUUCUACCUCAUGCUGGACGUCUUAGAGACUGGCUGCCACGUGCUCAGCAGGAAGGCACUGAAGGACUGCGGACCGAGGAUUUUCUAUGAGACUGUUCAUGGACAGUGCAAAGCUAUGUUUCACGUUAACAAGCCAAGAAGAGUUCUCUACUUACCUGCUUAUAACUGUACACUUCGCCCAGUUUCUAAAAGGAAGAUUCAUUCUAUGUGCCCUGACUGCCCGCAUCCCGUUGACUUGUCAGCCCCCAGUGUUCUGGAAGCUGCCACAGAAUCACUUGCGAAGUUUAACAGCGAGAACCCCUCAAAACAAUAUGCACUCGUCAAAGUCACCAAGGCUACGACCCAGUGGGUGGUUGGUCCUUCUUACUUUGUGGAAUAUUUGAUCAAAGAGUCACCAUGUACCCAGUCUCAGGACAGCUGUUCACUCCAGGCCUCCGACUCUGAGCCCGUUGGUCUUUGCCAAGGUUCACUGAUUAAAAGUCCCGGGGUCCCUCCUCAACGCUUUAAAAAGACUGUCACUGUGUCGUGCGAGUUUUUCGAAUCUCAGGACCAGGUCCCUGGAGGUGAGAACCCUGCUGAUACCCAAGAUGCUAAGAAACUCCCUCAGAAAAACACAGCCCCUACCAGCUCACCCUCCAUAACUGCACCAAGAGGAUCUAUCCAACACCUCCCUGAGCAGGAGGAGCCUGAAGACUCCAAGGGAAAGAGUCCUGAGGAACCCUUUCCUGUGCAGCUGGAUCUAACCACAAACCCACAGGGUGACACACUGGAUGUCUCCUUCCUCUACCUGGAGCCUGAGGAAAAGAAACUGGUGGUCCUGCCUUUCCCUGGGAAGGAACAGCGCUCCCCUGAGUGCCCGGGGCCCGAAAAGCAAAGAACCCCCUGAUGCUCCCCGCUGAGACUCACUAGCAGGGUUCCACGGGGUACGGUCCCCUGCAGUAGAUGGGAGGUGGUGGGCAUUGGGAAGGCACAGACAAUCAAAUGUAGACCGGCUAAUAAAGUGUGUCCUUUGGAUGCUUCUUGAUCUCAA